AACGAUUCGAAACGUAAACACAAAAAAUUCAGCAAGUCUAAUUUUAUCUAAUUCAAUUUAUUACGAAAAUACACAGUAUGGGAUCAUCUAAAAAGCAUAAGAAAGAUCGUGAUGCUAGCUCACGUAGACGAAGCAGAUCAAGAAGUGAGGAAUAUAGAGAAAAAAAGAAAAGCAAGAAAAAUCGAGACCGUGAAAAGGAAAGAAGGCACAAGAGGAAAAGUUCAGAACGAGAAAAAUCCUAUCAUAGUGACAGUUCAGAUGUUGUUGAAGUUCCAUUGGAUGCGCCAGCACCGCCAGUCAUUUCCGAAUCAUUAAAACCACUGUCUAGACAGCAAAGGAAGUCAAGAUCUAUGUCUCCAAUUCCACAAGAUGGUGCCGGUGAUUGUUUGUCUAUAGAAGCAACAAAUAAGCUUAGAGCAAAACUAGGUUUAAAGCCACUUGAAGUUGGUCCAUCAGAUGUCACUCAAACAAGCAGCAGUAACAAAAAUGAUGAUAAGGAAGAACGCGAUGAAAGUGUUGCUGACUUAAGAAAGAUUAAGGAUGAUUGGGGUGAAUUUUAUCAUAAGCCAGCUGGACAAUUCAAUGAAAAAACGGAAGUAGAACUACUUCGUGAGAAAAUCCAGUCAAAACGUGACAAAAGGAAGAUUGAACAUAAAUUGGCAAGGAUUAAGACAUUAGGUCAGUCCGAUUCAGAAGAUGACACUACAUCCUGGGUCGAUAAAAGUCGUAAAAUUGAAGAAGAGAAGAAAAAGGCAAAAAAUCGAGCUAAACAGUUUGCAGAACUAGACGAAAAUAUGGAUAAGGGUUUAGUUGUUCGUAAACGUACACAAAAAGCAAGGACUAGUAAAUAUGGUGAAAAAGAUCUAGCAGGAUUAAAAGUUGCACACGAUAUUGACACAUUUAGAGAGGAACGACAAGUAAUUUUGACAUUAGAAGACAAGGAUGUGCUCACAGAAGACGGUGAUGUUCUUAUGAAUGUUAAUAUGAAGGAUGACGAGCGUUAUAAGAAGAAUGUCAGCAACAAAAGAUUAAAUCCACAACUUUAUGGAUAUGAUGUCUAUGAGGAUCAGUAUGAUCAGUUUGGUAACUUUAUAGAUCGUGGUGUGCUUGCUAAGUACGACGAUGAUAUUGAUGCAAGUGCUCAAAAGUCAUCAUUCGUGAUUGGUGAGAGUCGGGAACUAAUUAGACAGCAACAAAGAAAGGCAAUGGAAGUAAAAGCAAAAUUACAAGGCAAAACUCUCGAAAGUUUAAAUGAUGAUCCAUUAAAAUUAGCAUCAGAUCAUUAUACAGAAGAGGAACUGACAAAAUUCAAAAAACCCAAAAGAAAAGUCAAGAAAUUGCGACAAAAAUUAAAGGCAGACGAGUUGCUUGAAAUUGUUGGCGAUAAUACUGAUCAAAAUAAAGAUUUAGGAAGUCGGAAGCGACGUGAAGACAAGCCAAAAUCUGUCAAAUUAAAUGCUGAAAUGUUGCCACCGACAAAUCAAUCUGAAGACUUUAAAGUUGAGCCAGAAGAUGAGGAUCUCGAACACAUCCUGUCCAAAGCACGUAGAAUUAAACAAAACGACAUAAUUAAGAAGGAAUUGCCAAUUGACAUGAUUAAAACGGAAGUAAAAAUGGAAACUGAAGAUUCUGAAGAGGAAGGUCCACAAACCAACAUAAUUUUGGAUCAAACUGCUGAAUUUUGUAGAACUUUGGGUGAUAUCCCAACUUAUGGAAUGGCAGGAAAUCGAGAUGAAGCUACAGACAUGAUGGAUCUCGAAGAGAAUUCUGGUGACGAGGAAUUGCCAGAAAAACGUGGAAAGUGGAAUCAAGUCGAUCCAAAUGAGGAACCAAAGUUAGUUGAAGGAAUUCCGCAAUCAGCUGAGCCUGACGAUGUUGUAGUAUUAGAUGAAGAACCAGAUAUUGCAGUUGGAAUGGCUAAUGCUUUAAAACUAGCCAUGUCUAAAGGAUAUCUCGAGAAAGAGGAAUCAAAUCGACCGAGUAAUUCAAGAUUUGCACAUUUACAAGCUAAGCAUUAUUCAAUUGAAGAUAAGGCAUAUGAAGAAAAUGAUAAAUACAGCAGACGAGGACAUGGAGGUGGUGGAUUUCAAAAUGGUCCACUUUCUGAGUUCCGUGAAAAGUCUGGAUAUAAACCGAAUGUUAAGCUGGAAUACAUUGAUGAUAAUAAUAUUAAACUGACGCCAAAGGAGGCAUUCAGAUAUUUGUCACACAAAUUCCAUGGUAAAGGACCAGGCAAGAAUAAGAUUGAGAAGAGAUUGAAGAAGCAGGAACAAGAAGGGCUCAUGAAGAAAAUGUCAUCAUCAGACACUCCAUUGAACACAUUAAAUAUGCUGCAGUUGAAGCAGAAAGAAACGCAGAGUGCAUUUGUGGUUCUGAGUGGAAAUAAGUCAGGUCAAACAACUCUCGGCAAGAAUAAACGAUAAAC